AGGUGAUCAGACAGCACACUCUUCAGAGCUUCACAGUGAGUGUGCUCUGUCCUAGCUAGCGAGACCACCACGAAAGCCUCUCACCAUACAAAACUAGUGCGUACUGUAACAACAGAUCAGAGAAAGAAUAUAAAUUCUUUGCAGGGAGAGGGUAACAGUAGGAGAAAUGGACGUGGAGUCGUCGAGGCAACAAGGUCCUAAGGGGGACUCCAACUCCAUUGCUGCGGCCUCCGAGGUCUUUGUUGACUGGAGGGGCAGGCCUUGCGAGCCUCAAAAGCAUGGAGGCAUGAAAGCUGCUGUGUUUGUCCUAGGGAUCCAGGCAUUUGAGAUCAUGGCGAUCGCGGCGGUGGGGAAUAACCUCAUCACCUACGUGUUCAACGAGAUGCACUUCCCGCUGUCCAAGUCGGCCAACAUCGUCACAAACUUCAUCGGCACCGUGUUCCUCCUCUCCCUCCUCGGCGGCUUCCUCUCCGACUCCUACCUCGGCAGCUUCUGGACCAUGCUCAUCUUUGGCUUCGUUGAGCUCUCUGGGUUUAUACUGCUGGCGGUGCAGGCGCACCUGCCGCAGCUCCGGCCGCCAGCGUGCAACAUGAUGGCGGCGGCGAGCAGCAGUGCGGAGCAGUGCGAGGAGGUGGGCGGGGUGAAGGCGGGUAUCUUCUUCGCGGCACUGUACCUGGUGGCGCUGGGCAGCGGGUGCCUGAAACCCAACAUCAUCGCGCAUGGCGCCGACCAGUUUCGUCGCCGGGGCGGCGACGACGGCAAGCGGCUCUCCAGCUACUUCAACGCGGCCUACUUCAGCUUCUGCGUGGGCGAGAUGGUGGCGCUCACCCUGCUCGUCUGGGUGCAGACGCGGUCUGGAAUGGACGUCGGCUUCGGGGUCUCCGCCGGUGCCAUGGGGAUCGGCCUCGUCAGCCUCGUCGCCGGCGUCUUUUUCUACCGGAACAAGCCGCCUCAGGGCAGCAUCUGCACGCCCAUAGCAAAGGUCUUGGUCGCCGCGGUAAUACAGAGGAAGCAAGUGUGCCCAGCGUCGACAUCCACCGUGCAGCCCUUCACCGGUACCUGUGCCCGUGAGAUCCUUCUCGACACCCCUAGCAUCCGCCGCAUCAACAAGUUCAUGUUCUUAGACAAGGCCUGCGUCAAACCGCAGGACGGUGGCAGUAGCAAGGAGAGCGCGUGGGGGCUAUGCACGGCGGCCGAGGUGGAGCAGGUGAAGGUGCUGCUGUGCGUUGUGCCCAUCUUCGCCUGCACCAUUGUCUUCAACACCAUCCUUGCGCAGCUGCAGACCUUCUCGGUGCAGCGAGGUAGCGCCAUGGACACCCGCCCGGCCGGCUCCUUCCACGUCCCGCCGCCGUCGCUCCGUGCCAUCCCCUACAUCAUGCUCAUCGCGCUCGUCCCGGCGUACGAGGCGGUCUUCGUGCCUGCCGUACGCCGCCUGACGGGAGUCAGCACCGGCAUCACACCGCUCCAGCGGAUCGGGGUCGGCCUCUUCACCGUCACCUUCUCCAUGGUGGCCGCCGCACUCGUCGAGGCCCGCCGCCACCACACCUCCGUCGUUGGAGACGGGAGAGCGCUCUCCAUCUUCUGGAUCGCGCCGCAGUUCCUGGUGUUCGGGUUGUCGGAGAUGUUCACAGCCGUGGGGCUCAUCGAGUUCUUCUACAAACAGUCGCUCUCCGGCAUGCAGGCCUUCCUUACCUCCAUGACCUACUGCUCCUACUCUUUCGGCUUCUACCUCAGCUCCGUGCUGGUUUCGCUCGUCAACACGGUGACCUCGAGGAACGGCGGCGAUGGCUGGCUCAGCAACAAUGACCUCGACAAGGACAGGCUCGACCUCUUCUACUGGCUCCUCGCCGGGCUCAGCAUCCUUAACUUCUUCAACUUCCUCUUCUGGUCGAGGUGGUACACCAACAGCGUCGAGACGGUGCAGGUAGCCGGCGUUGGAGCCUAUGGUGGUGAAGAGCGGGAUUAGAAGGGUUCUGCGUGCUGAGAUUAAUUAGCUAGUAUGCAUGGGUCUCCUAAACGUGGGCCCGGGAAGAAAGUACUUCAGUGGAUUAAUCCAUUAACCUUAGCCUUUAACCUUUUUGUUAAAUAUAUUUCUAUGGUUUUGCCUAGUAUCGAAGAAGUGUGUUGAUGUCGAUGUGUGUAUGCAUAUGGCUAUCG